CAUGAGAAAUUCCAAGACUCUUUCAGAACCUGCUGGGUGUCUCCCGGAGACAGGCAGACAUUGGGUCUCAGCAGCCAUGUCCAAAGUCCUGAAGGAUGUUGUGCGCUCCUCGGGAGCAGAGGAGCCGAGCAUGGCACGGGCGGUGGUUCGAAGUCUGGGGGGCUUCGGCCUGGGCUUGUCCUUGGCCACGGCCUAUGGGCUCCUGGAGUUGCUGGCGGAAGGGCUCAGCCCCUGGGGCUGCCUGGUGGGCACACUGACUCUGGCUGCCUUCCUCAGCCUGGGCAUGGGAUUCUCUCGCCAGGUCCGAGUCACUGUCUUCCUGCUGCUGCCCCAGGCCUUCUCUAAGCAGGGCCGGACACUGCUGUUGGUGACCAUCUUUGGGUUGGUGCUGCAAGGGCCUUGUGCCAACACUCUGCGCAACUUCACCCAAGCCAGUGAGGCCGUGGCCUGUGGAGCAGAGCUGGCCCUGAACCAGACCGCUGAAAUGCUGGAGCGAGCUAAGCAGCCCCUUGUCGGUGCCCUGAACAAGAUUAAAGCCAUUGCCCGGAAGGCCAAAGUGGUGGCUGACAGCGUCCGCAAGUUCUUUCGGUCAAUCAUGGAUGGAGUGAAGCAUGUAGCCAGGGCCCUUCGCAAUGUGUGGUAUUGGCUCCUGCAUAUCGGAGAUGUGUGCAACUCAGAGCUGGGCAACCCUUACCUGAAGUGCGCACGGGUCUUCGAUGACGCCAAGGACAGCUGCAUGAAGGUCAUACCACAGGCUUAUCACCUGUGCUACGUGCUCAUGCCCUUCAAGCUCGUGCUCUGUGGACUUGCCAGCGUGGUCCAGGUGUUCUGCAUCAUCCCCAAGUACGUCCAACCCUUCUUGCGCAAGACCAUGGGCACCCCCGUGCAGAAGUUGAUUAACCGGGUGCGUAAAGAGUUUGAGUUCAAUGUGACAGCCACCCACUACUUCUCUGUGGAUCUCAAUGCCUCUCGGAGCCUGUCCCAGGUCGCUCUGGACCUCUACGAAGCUGUGAGCAUGAAGCUGUACCGAGCCCGAGAGGCCCUGGCUCUGAUGGGCUAUGCCACACCUCUGCUGCUUGUGCUUCUCUACCUCCAAGCCCUAUUUUACCGGUACGGUUACCUGAACUGGGACAGCUAUGACAACAUCUAUAUCACCAGCCGAUUCCUGCGCAUGGAAGCUGUCCGCUCCAAGGCGGGCCUGCCCACAGUGCUGCCACUCACUGCCCAUGAGGCCAGACACUAUAUCAAGCCGGGCUCCAUCUUCCUGUCCCGGAAGGAGCAGAUCUUCUCCAUCCCGCCAAUCUUACAACUUAUUCGGCACCUCCUCCUCACGCUGCUCCUGAUCUUCCUGGACUACGCUGUCUUCUGGGUGCUGGACCUGGCCCGGCACCAGCUGCAGGGGGAGAUUGUGGCCCGCAGCCCUGUGUUAGUAUCCAUAACUGUGGAAGGCAGUGGCUAUACUGGGAAGAUUUACCGUGACCUGGUGUCAGCAUUUGAUGUCCUGCAGCAAGGCAACAUCACGGUCUUGUCACGGCGCUGUCGCCUGCAUCCCUCGGAGCCCAACACCACUGGUUAUAUAGUCAUUGGCAUCAUGUAUGGACUAUGCUUCUUCGUCACCCUGUUUGGAAGCCACGUCAGUCGUCUGCGGCGGGUCAUCUGUGCUUCCUACUAUCCAUCCCGGGAGCAGGAGAGGAUCUCCUACCUCUACAACCUACUCCUGAGCCGCCGAACCAACCUGUUGGCUGCCCUGCACCGAGCAGUGAGGCGGCGGGCGGCUGACCAGGGCCACGUGAGCAUCCUCCAGGUGCUGGCCAGGCGGUGCUUCUGUCUGGCUCCAUUUAUCAACCACUUUUGGCGGCAGCAGGCCUACUGCCUGGGCUGUGGACAACCCCAGGACGAGGGGGCCACAGAGAACUUUGUGUCCUGCAGUACCCCAGCCUGCCGAGGUCUCUUCUGCCUCACCUGCUUCCACCACCUGGACAACACCUGCUCAGUGUGCGCAUCUCCGCUCUCCUACCAGGGAGAGCUGGACCUGGAGCUGGACUCCAGUGAUGAGGAAGGCCCCCGGCUAUGGUUGGCUGCAGCCCGAAGAAAGGACCCUGCGCAGGAGGGGUUACUGCGGCAACGGCUGCAGGAAGCACUAGGCAGGACCCUGUCAUCGACGUCCAGCUCUGAGUACAGUGACCUGGAUGAGGAAAGCCCUUGACAGAGGAAGCACAGGCCAUAGCCCCUACCUGAGCUCCAACUGUUAGCAUUCUCAAGCCCUCUCAGCCCCAGUGACCACCUCUGA